AUGGAAGAACAUACAGAGGAAUGUUUCGAAGCUGCUCAACUGCGCCAUUUUUUAAAUCUUCUUAAUGCGAUUGAUGAAUCGGAAUCGGAUAACGUUGAGGAUUAUUCCAAGCGGAAUAUUUUUCUCACUCAGAUAAAGAAUAAAUGUGAGGAAGAUGAAGACCUCGUAAAUUAUGUGCAAAGUGGUAAUUUAUUAAUCGACAAAUGCAUUCUUACAUUUUCAUCGCUAGCAGUUGAAACAGAAAUUCUUUGGGAACAAGCGAACAACGAGUAUUUCAACACGUUAUUAUCAUACGGCGAAAGUGGAGCCUUAAAUGAUAUGAAUAUCAUUUCAGUUGAUAACUGUGUCCAAACAGAUGGCGAUAUAAUCCAAAUGGUUAGCAGUAUACUGCCUUGCUUACAGCAAUUGUUGGUAUUUGUUAAUCGCUGCCAUGAAGUCUAUAAAAACAUUGUCCUGCAACUCUAUAAUUUUUUUAUUCUUAGCGAUAAUAUUCUUGAACGUUCUCAGGAUCGUAAAUUUUUACGCGUAUGGCGUUCGUUAGGUAAUUUAUUGGCUACGUUUAUUUUCUUAGAUCAAAUAAUUGUAUCAAAUCCAUAUUUAUGUGCGCACUGGUCAUCAUAUUCCAGGUUAAUCGAGUUUUUUUUGUUUUCUUUCGAUUUCUCAUAUUUCUUUGGUAGCUCGUUAAAUCUAAUAGCUAUACGGUUAGUUUGUCACAGUCCAUCACAGUUCGAUGUUCAAUCAGAAAUGUUAAAACCACUACAGAAGAUCAUACAUGAGAUUGAAACACAUUUAUUGAAUGGCUCUAUUUUCAUGAAUUGUAUAGAACAGACAUUCGAAAGACGUUUGCAUACUGAUUCAUCAUUUAAUGAGCUGAUGCGAUCUUCCAUAAUUGAAAUGUACGAACGAUGGGAUAAGAUGGCUUUUCAUAGUACAGACGAUAUUCCUGAUAGACAACGUAUCAUAUUAAUUGUUGCACUUACAUCUUUACAUGCAAAUUUUUUUAAAGUCAUAGACAAGAAGUUGGUCAGAACAGUUUGGAACUGCCAUAAAAAACUGUCAUUCUUUAAUCUAAUCGGGAGGAUCAUUUGGAGUCCUUGUGAAUUUCUUUUGCACACGGUCAAUGAUAUCGAUAAAAUCAUCGAUCAAAAGCUCAUAUCCGUUCUGCAAAAUCAGCGUUUGCCGUUGUUUGCGCAGCAGUAUGAAGCUCUACCUCGCGAAUCACUUAAUAACUCGGACGCUAUUAUCGAAUGGCAGUGCAAAAUGGAAAAUGAAUUGCGAAUUUGGCCAAAUGAGGACUGUCGCAAAACCGUUUUGAACAGAAUGCCGUUAUUUUUCAAAGGAGCUCGCUUGGCUGAUUUAGCCACAAGAUUUUUGAAAGAUGUUUUAAAUGGUCAUAUUUCGCAGCAGUCAGUGCUAUCUCGAAGUAGUGCAAUUGCUUUAUUUCGACUUAUCGAAAUUGUCAAGUUAGUUGAAAAAAUUUUCAUCAAAUGGUGGAAUGAAAUAUUAGAAAGUUCACAAUAUGCGACUCAACAAUGGACCGGUCAUCUCUUUCGCAUCAUAAAUAAUUUUAAAAAAUCUAUUCGAAUUGAUUCGCAUCUAUCUUAUCAAAAAAUUGAUUUAAUGUCUGCAUUAAACAUUGCGGAGGGUAUAUUUAGCGGUCCAGUUACUCGCAAUCGUCUUAUCACAUCCGGAAUUGCUUUGGAAAUGGCCUGUUAUACAAAAAUAUUUCGAUGGGUAGACGUUCAAGAAAUUCAUGAUAUCCUCUCGCGGAUUGAUACCAUGAUCAAUUUUGGAAAAGUUGUUCACCGGGUCUGCGACUGCUGCUUUUUAUUUUGGCAUCGACCUAUCAUCUCAGCUUUUUUUGAUUCGCUGAUGGAAAAUUCAAAUGCUCGUAUAGAGUUGUUUUUUUCUGCCAUUAAUGAUAUUGAAAAAAUCCUGAAUUCCAUUAAUCAUAUUUCUUCGAACAAAAUUCAAGAAUUUCGAAAUUCUAUAUUUUGCGAUUUCGAAAAGUUACCCAAAAAUUCUUUAACGGAUCCUUAUUUGCGUUUCAAUGAUCUUCUUUCGAUGGCUCCAAUACGUCUUAUCGACCAGUUUAUUGAUAUUAGAAGAUACGUCGAAUUAUAUUUGGAACGAAUCUUUUAUAAUCUUACUGUUGUGGCGCUGCAUGACUGUUAUACUUACAACGCAAUGACGCAAUUAGCUUUGCAAAGAUACGGCCUUAUUCUCUGUGAAAGUCGUUUGCCUUAUCAAUCUCUUCAUCAAAGCCUGGAUAUUCUUGUAGUCACUCGACAUUUACAAUCAUUUGUAGCUUCCUAUAAUUAUAACUUAAAUGGUCAGUUUUUUACCGAAAAAGAUAGUAAAAGUAAGGAAUUAAAUAUUUUAACAGUUGAGCAUAUGUCAAGUUCAAUACAGGCUCAUGGAAUGGGGAUUAUGAACACAACGAUAAAUUUUGCUUACCAAUUUUUGACAAAAAAGUUUUAUAUCUUCUCACAGUUUCUCUACGAUGAUCAUAUUAAGGGACAACUAAUUAAGGAACAAAGGUUUUUCGAGGAAAAUGCAAAUCAACUUAAUAAUUUGUAUCCGGUUAAGCGAGCUCAACGAUUUAAUGAUGGAAUUCGAAGACUCGGUUUAGAUAGAGAAAAUUUAUCGUUUCUAGAUAAAUUUCGUAUGUUGAUCACACAAAUUGGGAAUGUCAUGGGAUAUGUAAGACUCGCACGAUCUGCUGGAAUGGAAGCCUGUUCUCAGUCUUUUUCAUUUCUUCCGGAAUUAGACGGAAUUCCUUGUUUCGAAAAUCAUGUGCUAAUCAAUAGAUUUUCCAGUGAGACGAUUGAAUCAGCUAAAAUUCUUGACGAUAUCUUUAACAAUGCUAAGCGAAAUGUAAAUCAAGCCAAUAAUUACCUUCAGAUUCUUAUUGAAGUUUUCUCAAAAGAAUUAAGAAAUUUCGAGAAAUAUGAUCAUCUGAAUAAUUUUUACAUGAUUAUUCCACCACUGACGGUCAAUUUUACUGACUAUAUACUAGCUUGCAAAGGAAAAUUGGGAAGACGAGGACAACAAAGUAGUACAUUCUCGGAUGAUGGCUUUAUUAUUGGUAUUACAUUUGUGCUUACAAUUCUUAAUCAGUUAGAUCAGUUUGCCUCUUUGAAUUGGUUUAAAUCGGUAGUGAAAAGCUGCGAUGAUGAAAUAUCAACUACAAUGCCAGCGAAGGGGUUAAUGCGAAAACAACUUGAGCCAUCGAUUGCUCUAAAAAUGAUGAAGCUGGAGCAAUAUAAAAUGGAGUUUCAAUUGCUGUUUUAUACUUUCAAUUCCGCCAAAAUUUUUUUUCAAGCAGGUAUGAAACCAGUCAUUUUGUCCAAUUCUUAUAUAUAA